AUGAAUACAGUUAUUGAAUAAAAUAAAUUACAGAACUUGGCGAAAUACAUUAAUCAAGAGGAAAAGAAGUUUCAAAAACAUUUAGAAAAAACAGAGAAAACAAAUCAAUAAAGAAUUAAUCUUGAAGAAGAAAUACAUAAAACUCAAUUAGAGAUCAUAAAGCAAAACCACUUAAAAGAGAAGGCAGAGAAGCUACAAAAGGAUUACCCUUAAUUAAUCGAGGAGAAAUAAUAUGAGGUUAUUAAUCUCUAGAAAGAUUUAGCAUUGGCUACUGCAGCCAAGAAAGCAGCUUAAUAAGAAUACGACAUUUAAAUUAAACAUCUAUAAUAACAAAUCGCAGAAUUGAAAAGAGAAAAGCAAGACUUAAAAAGAGAAAACCUAGGAAAAUAAGAAAAAUAAACAGCCUUACGUGGUGACUUAUAAAAGUUUGGAAAAGCCUUAUAGAGCAGAGAAAAGCCUCCUGUUGAAUAUAAAGUCUAUAGUUCUUCUGGUGGAUUUGGACCUCUUUAUUAACCAUAAGAAUAACAGCAAUAACAUAUGUUUUAUUGA